UGUGAUGCCCCUGCUUUUCUUCUUGUGCCCCCUGAGUGGACUAACAGUUUGGCAUUGGGACGAUGCUGAGCUCAGACGCCAUCCUCAAGAGCCAGAUCCUUUUGAUGUUCACAAGAAGAAGAAGAAGGUAGUCCCACCAUUGUACUGAGCCUGUGGUCGUCUGCUUACUUCUGCAUCAUCACCUGCCAUUUGUCCAUUGAUUUUAAGGAAGAAGUGUCCCAUCAGAUAAGGAGCCGCUACAAAAAAUCUGCCUUCCAGACAACUUUCCUGCAGCAAAAAAGCAGUGCACCCUUCUUUCGCACAUUCUCUCCUCCCUCUUUAGUCUUUGUGUCUCAGGUGUGUAUUUCGCUUGUGAGCAGUGAUGGGGGACUGGAGUCUCCUGGGGAAUUUCCUAGAGGAGGUCCAGGAACACUCCACCUCGGUCGGGAAGGUCUGGCUCACCGUCCUCUUCAUCUUUCGCAUCCUGGUGCUGGGCACAGCAGCUGAGUCCUCCUGGGGCGACGAGCAGAGCGAUUUCCUGUGUGACACUCAGCAGCCCGGUUGCACCAACGUGUGUUAUGACAGCGCCUUCCCCAUCGCCCACAUCCGCUACUGGGUGCUGCAGAUUGUUUUUGUCUCCACGCCGUCCCUCAUCUACAUGGGCCACGCCAUGCACAUUGUGCGCAGGGAGGAGAAGCUGCGGAGAAGGGAGCAGGAGGAGAAGCAGGAGAGGGAAGAGAGAGGGGAAGGCGGAGAAGACCUGGAGCAGGAGAAGGAGUACCUCCAGCAGAAGGAGAGCAGAAAAAUUAUGGUAUCUGAUGGGACUGGCCGUGUUCGCCUGAGAGGAGCACUGCUGCAGACUUACAUCCUGAGUAUCAUGAUCCGCACAGUGAUGGAGGUGACAUUUAUUGUGGUGCAGUACAUGAUCUACGGGGUGUUCCUCAGUGCUUUGUACCUGUGCAAGGCCUGGCCUUGCCCCAACCCUGUCAACUGCUACAUGUCCCGGCCCACAGAGAAGAAUGUCUUCAUCGUCUUCAUGCUGGUGGUGGCCGGUGUGUCUCUGCUGCUCUCUGUGUUGGAGCUCUACCACCUUGGCUGGAAGAGCGCCAGAAAGUGUUUACUCAACAAGAAGAUGCAGAGGAGCAAACACAUGGGUGUGACGGUGGCCGUGUCUGCAGCCUUGGAGCCCAACAGCCCACCUCUGCCCUCGGCCUCCUGCACCCCACCUCCUGACUUUAGCCAGUGUCUGGCAGCCCCAAGCUCCAUGAACCCCAUGACCUCUUUGGCCUCUCAUCCCUUCAACAACAGGUUGGCGUUGCAGCAGAACUCAGUCAACUUGGCCACAGAGCGGCAUCAUAGUUGCGACAACAUGGAGGAUGAGGAAGAUUUCCUAAGGUUGAGAUACGACCAAGCGCGCACAGAGCUGCCCAACAGCUGCUCCGCAUCACCUCUGCUACACUCCAUCUACAUUAAGGACAAACGCCGCCUGAGCAAGACCAGUGCGACCAGCAGCCGGCCUCGCCAGGAUGACCUGGCGGUAUAGACUCACAACAAGAAAGAGUGGCAGACAGGGGGCACGGGGGGGAGCUUUCAAAACCAAAGAGAAGGGACAGAAAGAUCAGUUUAGAAAGACCCAAAGAAAAGUCAAAGUGUGAUUACUGCAGAGCAAAUGGGUAAGAACGUGAGCACAGGCUACCUAUGCAGCUCUGGCAUUGAAGCCUGACACUUGAAUAUAGAAGAUGGACUAAGUGUUCACUUUAGAAAGAGACACUGAGAUCUGUGAGUGGACCAUAUAAACUUAACAUGUGUGAGCUCUGUGAGCGGAUAGUGUUUGUGAAACAAUCUGUCCCAGAGCUGAAAAAACUGACAACCAACUGCAAAAGAGAAAUAAUUUUGAAUGAGAACAGGGUAAUAGGUGUAAUACCUGAUUAUUGCACAUUUUAUAUUUAGUUUAACAAUUAAAGCCAAAAAUUAAGAGAGCUAAAGAGACUAUCAAGUGGGAGCGCCGUGAUGCUGAGAUGACUUAGGGAAACCAUUUCAUUAGAAAGCAAAAUCUGUCACAAAUCUCAACUAUUCAAUUAUUCAUAGGUUGUGACUUUAGAUGACAUCUGUUUUCUUGUCAAAGCUGCAAAAGGUUAGAGAAGCAUUAAGAGAAAACAGGGACUUACUAUGCAAUAAACUGUGUAGCUUGCUGGCAUAUAAACUGGAUGUUUAAUGCAGCGUCAGCAAUGAAUCAAGGUAAAGUGCCUUAACAAGACGUGUGAAAACAUAUCUCUUUCCAUAUAAAAUAUUUUCUAUGUAUAUUUUCUCAAAAGCCAUUGCCAGGACUUUACAUUUAGAUCAAGCCAUCUGUUGACUCGCUAACCUGAUUGCACUACACCCGCAGGUCAGCAAACAUAAAAUGUAACUAAAGAAUAAUCCCUUCACGAUCUAAAAAAAAAAUGUGUUAACAUGUAAUAAUUGGUAACAUAUUGGACAGAUAUUUGCUUUUGUGUGUAGAAUGAGAGAAUGUAGACUGUUCGCGUGAAAGGAAUUCAAGGGAAAAGAUAAGGAAGAAGUCAUGCUUGAAUGCUGUUAUGAGGAGAUCCGGCCACUAGCUGGCAACAUUGCACUUAGGUUUAUCCAUUCUCUCCUGGAGCCAAUGUGUACAUAUUGAAUUUGUCUCUAUGCAAUAUAUGAUUUAGUUAUGUCUUUGAAUGUAUUUCAUUUAGUUUCUGGUUGUUCUUACUAUAUGCAGAAUAAUUGAACUGUAUGACAUCAGUUUGUAAAUGAGCAUCUACUCCAAAUGGGAGUUUAAUCCAACAUAUUUCCUAUAGCAAAUAGCAUUUAAAACACAGAAAUUGUGUCCAUCUCUUUUGGUUCUUUCCCACAUACCUUUAUGUAAUAAAUGGCAUCACUAACGCAUCACAAAUAAACAAAUCAUCAACUCUACAAUCUG